AGGAAUACCUCAGCGCAUAGCAGCGGCCGCAAAAUUAAAACCAAGAAAAAAAGUGCAGAGAACCGAGGAGAAGAGCGUUAGUUUGAUUCGGGGUGGAACCUGGCUGCCGGCCUGCCCGGGGGUGCGGUGGGAGAUGGCCGCCAGUUCGAUCUUGGCCCCGCACCUUACAGCGUGUCUGUGCCGCGGAUGCGGGAGCCCGUCGGAGCGCCUCGUCGGCGGCCGCGACGCCUUCUUCCGGCGGCCAACCCUGUCGACGAGGAGGAGGAGGAUUGCCUGCUAUGCUGGUGAGCCCACCAGACAGAGACCUCCUGGCGACGACGACUCCACUGCUGGGAUUCAGCUCUACUCUCAGAUUGAAAGAAUAAUUACUGAAACAGCAAAGCAGUCUCAAGAUGGAUGGGGUGCUUCUGGAGAUUGGAAUGAAAUUGAGGGUUGUUGGAUUUUGAAACCAAAAAAUGCAAAGCCAACAUCAGUUGUCCAUUUUGUUGGUGGAAUUUUUGUUGGAGCUGCACCUCAGCUAACUUAUCGCUAUUUCCUAGAGCGUCUCUCUGAUAAGGGUGCUUUGGUAGUUGCCACACCUUUUGCUAGUGGUUUUGAUUACUUCUUCAUAGCAGAUGAAGUGCAAUUCAAAUUUGAUAGGUGCCUUCGGUUUUUACAAGACACCGUAAAUGACCUUCCAACAUUUGGUAUUGGUCAUUCUCUGGGAUCUGUUAUCCACCUUCUAAUUGGAUCAAGAUAUGCUAUACAAAGAAGUGGGAAUGUAUUAAUGGCUUUCAACAAUCAGGAAGCAAGCCUAACUAUCCCAUUAUUUUCUCCUGUUAUUGUCCCAAUGGCUCAAAGUUUUGGUCCAUUUCUAUCCCAGCUCACAUCAUCCCCAACAAUUCGCCUCGGGGCAGAAAUGGCUAAGAAGCAACUAGAGAAUCUUAGUCCUCCAUUCAUGAGGCAAGUUAUUCCUUUAGUUGAGCAACUGCCUCCAUUGUAUAUGGAUUUAGUUAAGGGGAGAGAAGAUUUUACUCCAAAACCAGAGGAAACUCGCCGACUGAUAAAGUCUUAUUAUGGUAUUUCGCGGAACCUUUUGAUAAAGUUCAAGGAUGAUAAAAUUGAUGAAACUUCAACAUUGGCGCGAGUCCUAAGCUCAGAAUCUGUCAUAAGCUCACUACUGGAUAUGUCGAUUAGGUCCAUUCCUGGAGAUCAUGGACUUCCUUUGCAACAGGUCUUUCCUGAUGUUCCACCUGCUAUGGCAGAUGCUGUAAAUCGAGGAGGUGAGCUUCUGGUAAAUCUAAGUGCUGGAACACCAUGGGAAGCUGCGGCAAAAGAAGUGGGCAACUCAUUGGGUGUGGACCCGGUGAUCCCACGAGCACAGCUCUCAAAGGAUGUUAAUAUGCUUGUUGACGUAAUCGCAUCAUGGAUGGCUUCAAACUCUGGCCCAAAGCUUCUUCGACCAUGAGCAUAUUUGGAGAUACAGGAGAUGAAAUUGAUGGGGGCGAUGACGGCAUCAAAGAUAAAUAACACAGAUUUAAAUGACACCGGUAGCUGUUGUACAUAUAAUAUAUGUACACUUCCUGUGUGUAAGAUGUAAUCUGUACAUAUUACCGAAAGCCUUCUGUGGCAUGUUUACAGAAUCCAAUGUAACCAUGACCAUAACUGGUCAUCACCAUCAACGCUUGUACAUAUAAUAUAUGUACACUUCAUGUGUGUAAGAUGUAAUCUGUACAUAUUACCGAAAGCCUUCUGUGGCAUCUUUACAGAAUCCAAUGUAACCAUAACCAUAACUGGUCAUCACCAUCAAGGCUUGUUCCAGCAAAUUAUGUGACGGUAAUAAUUGUCUACACCAAAAGAGAAUCUUCUCCACGCCUAUAAUUGUUAUUCCAUGUACUUCA